GUGGAGUGUUUGUUUUCGCGCGAAUGCAUGCAGUUUCUGUGCAAAUUUCUGUACACUGGGCGAGCCGAUAUCAUUGGGGUUCGAAUCAAGCCCAAGAUUAAGAGAUUGGUGGAGGAGCCAUUACCAGAUGAGGAGGUGUUGAUGUUGGAUAGCCACUCGUCUCCGGCCUCUGCCGGUCAAGAGCAACACGACGAAGAGCGUCAACAAAUGUGUGCUGUCAGACCUUUUUUGAAUCUUCUAUCCGAAAUAUGGGAAGCAGCAGACUAUUACCAGCUUCCAAAGGCUUUCUUGCUUGAGAUCCAAGAGCUCUACCUGACAGAAGCAAAGUCGAGUCGAUCGCCAGCCUUCUUUCAAUAAUUCGUGCUUUUUGCGACCAAACGAACUCUUCUGCAAUUAGCGCCAACGUUGAUAUCAGUACUAUUCAGUAUGCGGCAAGAAGAUAGCUUGAAAGAAAUGGAGGAGAUGUUGUCUUGGAUGGUGUCUACGCCUGAACUGUCAGAGGCGGAUCGGAAAACUGUCUGUGCAGGUUUCUUGCCCGGCUUUGCGCUGAAAACUGACCCGCAGAUAUUGCAGCGCUUGGUGAAACCGCACCUGGGAAAAAUCGUGUCUCACGACUUGUACAUCGCAGCACUCGAACUCUGUACAGGCACGCAGCUAAGGGCGGCACAUUCAAAGUGCGCGGUCGCCGUCGUUCGCGAAAGUCGAGCCAAUGAAAGGGCAGAGAUUAUGGAAGAGAAGGCUUUGAAGAUGCGCAGGGUCGUGCUAGAUACAGAAGGCUGUCUGCGGGCUCUCAUAAGAAAAAACGAAACGACUCCUGGGGAAGAGGCGAAGGUUGAAAGAAUGUUAGGGGAGGUGAGGGACACAGCACUUGUACUUGACCUUGACCCAUAUUUUUAACUUUCAGACGGAUAGUGUACCUUGAUUUCUUUGGUUCAAAUCUUUCACUCUCCCAUGUUUGUGAAUUGUAGAAAAAAGGAAAAUGAGAUGAUUGAUGACUCCGAGACCCUUCCUGACGGGCCGUUGUAUCUAAUGUAUUACAUCGCGAAGAACAAGAACGCGAUAGUAUAAUUAGAGGAACACUUGAGCUUGACAACUACAUAGUUCGUUGACUUUCUUAGAGAACCUCGAAUUUGCUUUGAAUGAUUCCGCGUAAUAAAAUUAACCUCGAACCUGAUGGAAUUGAAUUUGAAAUCGCGAUGAGAGUGCCUUGUCCUAGAUUGAAACGAAGUUAGUAAAAAGAGCUUGCGGGAUGAAGUGAAAAAGACGUUAUUCUUGUACAGGACGUUGCUGGUAUGAGCUAUUUCGGCUCCGAAUACUUUGAUCGGGAAUGGCAACGAGAAGAUCUCUUGACUGGUGCGUGAACUUCAUUACCUGAUCUAGACCGGAAGAAGAAGGUAUGAGGUAUACUCGUAGAUCUUAAUUUGUCAACAUAUUCCUUCGUCCAUAAGUGAGCCCACCGAGCAAGCUCCUUUUGAAUGAUAAUCACCAAGGAAGUCCCCA